GAGGGGCUCCCGGGGCUUUGUGUAGGGAGGCAGCCUCGCCCUCUGGGGCUGGGGGAAGGGAUUAGCUCUCCGAGGUGUACCGAAGCCUGCCGGGGAAGGGUGUUUUGGUUUCUGCACAUGACAUCGCACCUCCCCGGAGGCCUACAGCUCUUGCUUUUGUUCGGCUGCCGUAGAGUAGCGCAUCGGGUCCCUUGGAGACGAGAGCAGGCUUCAGUUCCGCUGCGAAAUCAAUCGCCGGUGUUUACACAAGUUCAGAAGGUUAUAUAUGUCCCCAAAGAAGAAGCUGACUCCAGUGCAAAAAUGUGUUAGUCCAUUAGUUUGGUGCAGGCAGGUAUUGGAUUACCCAAGUCCUGAUGUUGAAUGUGCUAAAAAGUCGCUGAUCCACAGGCUGGAACAGACAAUGUCGGCUCUCAAGAGACAGAGUUUGUACAGCAGCCCUUUCAGUGCGGUCAGUUACGCAAGCUCCUAUAGUCCAAAUACUAGCAGCCCCUACAGCAGUGGUUUCAACUCUCCGUCCUCAACACCAGUGAAAUCUGCUUUAGUGAAACAGCUCAUACCUUCUGGUACCUCAGGUCAUCUUAAAAGUUCAGCAGAUAGAAAUCCCCCACUAAGUCCACAGUCCUCUCUGGACAGUGAAUUAAGUGCAUCAGAGAUGGAUGAAGACUCUAUUGGGUCUAAUUACAAGCUAAAUGAUGUUACAGAUGUGCAAAUUCUAGCACGAAUGCAGGAAGAAAGCCUCCGGCAAGAGUAUGCAGCAACUGCUUCUCGGCGUAGUUCUGGUUCUUCUUGCAAUUCUACAAGGCGAGGCACGUUCAGCGAUCAGGAGCUCGAUGCACAGAGUUUAGAAGAUGAAGAAGACGGCACACAUCACACAGUGCACCCUGCUGUUAACAGGUUCUCACCAUCACCUCGCAGUUCUCCCUGGCCUUCACCAAAACAAUCUCCAAGGAAUUCACCUCGCUCCCGAUCGCCUGCUCGAAGCAUAGAAUACAAUAGAGUGUCACCCCAGCCGAUGAUUAGCCGUUUACAGCAACCUCGUCUUUCACUUCAAGGUCAUCCUACAGAUUUGCAGACUAGUAAUGUCAAAAGUGAAGAAUCAGGUGGGCCACUUUUCCUGGCAAGGCAUCUGCAGUCUUCUAUCCGAAGUAUGUCAUCAACCCAGCUCUGCACGGAGAAACUAAGGCGUAGUCUUCCAAACCUGUCCAGGACAUCUAGCAUCCAAGCUGAGUCUGUGAAAAACAGCAGAAGUGACUCAAACUUCCAAGUGCCAAAUGGAGGAAUACCUCGCAUUCAACCUCAAGCCUCAGCCACUCUGCUGCAAAGGCAGAAAAAUUUGCCUCGCGCUGCCUUCAAAACCAAACAGUUUCUUCAAACUCCAUCUACAAAAGGAGUACCUUCUUCGAGUAAAUUUCGCUCACCUGCGGCACCGUCUCCCCUAGCUCUGCGACAACCAGUGAAGGCGUUUAGUAACCAUGGACCCGGUUCAGUUGCUUCUCCAGAAGCCACACAGCUGACACACAGUAGUUCUUCACCAGGGCCUCUUGCAGCCCAGAGUUCAGGCUUGCCGAGCCCUGCCAGCAGUAUUAACAGUACUACUCUUACCAGACCGGCAGGGACGGCAGGGAUGAGGAGUGGUUUGCCCAGACCCAGUGCCCCUUCUACAGGGGGCAUCCCAGUGCCUCGUAGCAAACUUGCACAGCCUGUUCGCAGAUCAUUGCCAGCUCCGAAGACCUAUGGCAACGUGAAAGACGAGAGCUGGAAAGACGGCUGCUACUGAACUGCAAAGCUUAAUACAAAGUUCCAGUGCUCACGGAUGCUUCCUCACCAGGCUAAAAGACAGCUUGAUUAUACAAACUGUUCAGAUGUGACUUUGGGAUUUGUAAAAAUUCCGGACCUCUCUGUCUCUAAUUCGCACAAACUGGCAGAGAUUAUAAAGCAGCACUUUAAUGACAUCUAACAUCAGAUGUUUGGUGAUCAUACAAUCACUUCUACAUUAAAUUGCUAUCAGUUCUGGGUUUUUUUUUUUCUUGCUUGCUAAAAAGAUAUCAAUAUGAGCAUUUAUGACAGUGGCCAAUGUCUGGGCAAAAACCUAACGAAUGCCAAAGAAAUGCCCAUCUUGAAAAACAGCAAGUAUAGCCGUCAACUUACAUUGUCCAAAACUUCAUUUUCAGCCUGUUUUAAUUCAGCAGAAAGAUUGGUGAAUAUGUACUAUUGAAACAAGACUACGGUGAUCAGAGCUAAUAUUCUGAUUGCAGACUGCUACAGUGCUGGUGAAACAUUGCUUUUAACAACUGUGUGAGAUUCUCAGUGGGGAAAGCGGUACGUACGUCCUUCAGAAAGAUUCGGAAGUGACUCUGGAGGAUUAGGCAGGACAGUAAGCGGUAGCCAUGGCUUUUAUUAACAUUAAAGAUUUGAAUGUAGCAGACACGCAAAUGCAAUAGUAUAGAUUGCAUCUUUCCUAUGUUGAUUUUAUCAGCUUUAUCUGCUCUUAUAUGUUUGAUUGCCAAAAGGGCUUACUAUCAGUUGUACAAUCUUUCUAACCUUAAAGUUCCUGGCUCAGGAAAGAUGGCCUUUGCUAUUGUAGCCACAUUUUUAUCACAUGGCUCGCUAUUUGGGAAAAACUUUUUUUAUAGCAGGUUUCCUUAAAAAGGAAAGAGCAAGUCACAAUGUUAAUUUGUUCCAAUACCAUACCACUAUGCUUGCAGCCUGGAGCAACUGUAAAUGCUGGUAGUUAAGGAGAAGGAAACACAACUAUGCACUUGUAACAUACAAAUUUUAAGGUAAUGAGUUGACUCUUGAUGCCAAAUGAUAUUCAUUUAGGUGAUGUUCCAUGGUAUGAGGGAGUUUUCUGUAUCCUAUUUUUUUACUUUCAUCCAUUUCUUAAAUUGGUUUAUUUUAAAUUGUAAAUAUUUUUACAGAAGAUAUUGCCCAUGUAAGUGUGUUUAAAUAUGUACUUUGCCUUACAUACGUGUAUCUUACAUUACUGGUAACAGAGUAUGAAACCUGCUAUGUCUGUUUACAAGCUAUUAAAUUCCUCUGGUGGCUCUGACUUAUUCUAACACAUUUUGCUCAGAACAACUCACUCAUAUAAUUAGCAUUUGAACCAUUGUUUUCUGUUUUGGAAGACAUCACGCAAACAUUUGUAACUAAAGUUGUAUUGGCUGGGACUAGUUAAAUGGAAGGGAUUUUGUUUGAAGCUUUUUCAGUAUUUUGGAUGUACAGUUGAUGAAGUAAGAGAAUGUGAAUGCUAUAUCCUUUGUGCAAUGACUGAUAAACACUACACGUUGGAUUGGGCGGUAGGUAGCCUUCAACCCCACUAGUAUCCGAGUUUGGAACUGCUGGUGUAUUUUGACUCCAACCAUUAAGAGGAUAACUAACCCUGAAAUUCCAGCGCUUGAAUUUUAGGCCAGCAUUAACCUAUUCCUGGAUGAAAAGCCAUGCAAUUCUACUUGACUUGGAAGAAGCCAAAUAGGAAGGAGUGGAGACUAAUUUGCAGCUCUAAUUACUCGAGCAAACUUUGGGUUGAUGAAUGACUUCACACUCCAGACCAAGAUCUGUGCUGAGACUUUGAAGUCAGGGUAUCGAAUACACUGUAAUUGAGAAAGAUUUCAGCAGGGGUAAAGAAACUGCCUUGCACCAGUAGACCAGUACAUACCACUAACCUAGCCCUGUGUCGCUGGCUGGCAGAUUGCGGAUCUCAGUUAGUCAUGUCACUAUGAAGCAGAAGAGAGGACUAGGUCAAAUACUCGCUAAAGCCCAAAUUUUAACAUUUCGCCAUUUUAUAAAGCGAUGCUGCAGUCUUCAUUGAAAAAAGGAGAAUUUUAAUUGGUGGAUUUUAUCAAACACUUGAUUGACUUCUAAAUUAAGAAAGUCAGUUUAAACGACGAUAUUGGGGGUUUUACCAUGGCUGCAUCAAACUGUUGUGUACCUUUCCUUAGCAAUUCAUCACUUGGGUAAGUUCAGCUUAAGUUUCAGAAGGAUUCUUCUCUCUGCUGUUCUCCCCCUGAAAUACAGCCGACGACUUCCUGAAAAGACAGACUAUUUACUAAGAAGGCCUUGGUGCAUUACCAGUUUAUUGAUAUCAGGAAAUCCUGGGGCUCUGUGUGUAGAGAUUUACUGCAGAAGUGUGGAAAUAUGGAUUUGAUAAACUAGUGCCUAUGAUUUACUUAACUUAUGUUUGAUAUAGUAGUAAGGGUUUUAUGAAUGUGGAUUACUUUUUGUGCCAACAGCUCGGACUUGUUGUAUGUGUGUAGGCAGAAGGACUUGUUCUGCUUCCAAAGUUAUUUAAUUUUUUUUGUGUUUGAAUGUUUUUGUAAGUGUUAAAAGUGUAAAAAAAAAUAUAUAAAAUAUUCUUACCACAAAAUACU